ACAAAAACAAAUCUCAACAAAAAUGGUGAAGUGUUUGGAAUUGUUUUGCUUUUUAAAUUGGAUUUUAGUAGUUGUUGUUAAUGGAUACCAGUUCAAUUCAGCUAAAGUACAAAUUUUGAAGGUUGGAGCGAGUUGUAAUACAAAAUCUGGCGAAUCAGGAGUUUGUAAAUUACUAUCAAAAUGUGGAGUUUAUUUGGAAGGAUUACAAAGGCAAACUAUCGAAUACAAUUCUAUAGCUAUAUGUGAGCAUAAGUUUUAUGAUGAAGUUGUUUGCUGUCCUGACACACCUUCAAAUCCUCAAUUGCCAAAUGGAUUCAGAGCAUCAAUAACUUUCAAAGGCAAAGAAACAUUUACUGAGGACCCUUUUGAGAUACCUUUUGAGGUACAAUCCGUACCAGAAAAAAUUCUGAAGGCAGGAUCGAUUUGUCAAAUAAAAACUGGCGAAGCAGGAGUUUGUAAAUUACUAUCAGCAUGUGAAGUUUAUAUGGAAGGAUUACAAAAGCAAACCAUCGAAUACAGUUCUAUUUUUAUUUGCUCAUUUAUGGGUCUAGAUGAAGUUAUUUGCUGUCCAAAUAAUAACUUACCCACAAAUCAUAACACAAUAGGACAUAUUCCAACAGAACCUCCAAGAAUGCCACGACCACCGUUUACUGGAACAAUACCAAGCCAAAACAAUAUUAAAAGUCGAAGACCAGGAGAAAUUCUGAAGUCAGGAGCGAUUUGUCAAACAAAAACCGGCGAACGAGGAGUUUGUAAAUUACUAUCAUCAUGUGGAGUUUAUUUGAAAGGAUUACAAAAGCAAACCAUCGAAUACAGUUCUAUUUUCAUUUGUUCAUUUAUGGGUAAAGAUGAAGUUGUUUGCUGUCCAAAUAAUCAUCACAGGCAAGGACAUAUUCCAACAGAACCUCCAAGAAUGCCACGACCACCGAUUACUGGUACAGUACCAAUACCAAGCGAAAACAACACUGAAAUUGGAAGACCAAAAAAAAUUUUGAAGCCAGGAUCGAUUUGUCAAGCAAAAACUGGUGAAACAGGAGCUUGUAAAUUACUAUCAGCAUGUAGAGUUUAUUUGGAAGGAUUAGAAAAGCAAACUAUCGAGUACAGUUCUAUACUUAUCUGCUCAUUUAUGGAUAAAGAUGAAGUUGUUUGCUGUCCAAAUAAUCAUCACAGGCAAGGACAUAUUCCAACAGAACCUCCAAGAAUGCCCCGACCACCGUUUACUAGGACAAUACCAAGCCAAAACAACACUGAAAUUGGAAGACCAAAAAAAAAUUUGAAGUCAGGAUCGAUUUGUCAAACAAAAACCGGUGAACCAGGAGUUUGUAAAUUACUAUCAGCAUGUGGAGUUUAUUUGGAAGGAUUAGAAAAGCAAACUAUCGAGUACAGUUCUAUACUUAUCUGCUCAUUUAUGGAUACAGAUGAAGUUGUUUGCUGUCCAAAUAAUCAUCACAGGCAAGGACAUAUUCCAACACAACCUCCAAGAAAGCCACGACCACCGUUAACAAAACCAAGCCAAAGCAGCACUGAAAUUGGAAGACCAAACAAAAUGUUGAUGUCAGGAUCGAUUUGUAAAACAAAAACCGGCGAACUAGGAGUUUGUAAAUUACUAUCAGCAUGUGGAGUUUAUUUGAAAGGAUUACAAAAGGAAUCCAUCGAAUACAGUUCUAUUUUGAUUUGCUCAUUUAUGGGUCAAGAUGAAGUUAUUUGCUGUCCAAAUAAUAACUUACCCAGAAAUCAUAACACGAUAGGACAUAUUCCAACAGAACCGCCAAGAAUGCCCCGACCACCGUUUACUGGGGCAAUACCAAGGCAAAGCAACACUGAGGUUGAAAGACCAUUAAGUUCUAGUACAGACAACAAAGGCCCUAAUUUGUGGCAAAAGGCGAUGGAAGGUUUAAAUGCUCUUAAAAACCUGAAAGUAUGGAGAAUUUUCAAAAAAGAUUCACCAAACUAAAAGUUCUUGAGUAAGGAAUGGGAUAGAAAAGCUCUAUAAAUUGGUGUCAAAAGAGCAAUACCAUCACCUACCCGCAGAAAUAUUAAAAUUUUUUCAAUUCAUCAGACGAAGUUAUUUUUUCAGAACUCUUUGAUCAUAGUGUCCAAAGAAGAUGAAGAGCUGUUAUACAUAAUAUAUAAAAUAUUUAACCUACAUAUAUCGAUUGUGUUAUUUUAUUAUCCUUUAUUUUUCAACACAAAUUUCGACAUUAUCUUAAAAAAAAAAAACUUUUUUAUGUA